UUUACUGUGACGUGAUGAUAGAUACGACAUUAGUAAUCAUUCAAAAUAUAUUAAUAUAUUUUAUUCAUAAAAAUCCUUCCCACGAAGUGCUUAGAGAUGAGUAAUGAUAAAUUAGUUUAGGUUGUAGUGUUAAUAUUAAUUAUUAACAUGGCUUACACGGAGAAAGUGUCUCUCAACGGUACCGCGCUCUCUUUUUUACUAUACGAAUGCAUGAAUUCUGUUAAUAGUCAGGAGGGCUUUCUGAUUGGAGACGUAACUUCCCAAAUCACCAACCAUAUAUCUGACUCCCAAAAUGACAACGCUAGAUUGGACACUCAAAUUGUGAUUAGGACCGUUCUGCCUCUACCUUCAGUGUCGCUGUUUUAUUUACCUACCGGUUCAAUUAAAGAGGACGUACUAUCGGAUCUAAUAUCGAGUGCCGCAGCCGAAAUUGUUGGUUGGUAUAAAUAUAGAAGAAAUAGUAGCAUUAAACCAACGUUCAGAGACAAGUUAAUAUCAAGAGGCUUACAGAAGUAUUUCGAGAAAUAUCACGGCAAGAAAACUUUUGUUUCAUGCAAUCUUUCAAGUAAAUCUUCUUCUGCAUGCUCCACACAUACAGUUAUAUACAGAUUUGGAAAAAUAAAUUGCUUCGAUAUGUACGAAUAUGUUGAGGAUGUGACCGCAAACUUGGGUGAAAAGUUAUCAGGUUACAAAAAAUCAAAAAGAGUUUCACCUCAUUGCAUAUUUAACAAAAUUGUUAAGGAGAGUAAUGUAGACGUCAAUAACACAAGGGAAGCUAUAUUGUCCAUUCAGGAAGCGGUCGAUGUGGCAUUGAUUAGGGAAGCCAAGGUAGCAGCUAGGAAUGAAUGCAAAGUCAAAGAACUUGAGGCGGAAAUUAAGCAGAUGAGUGCCAUACUAGCUGAGAAACAUGAAGCCGAUUUGAAUUCGGCCUAUAACAAAGUACUGGAAAAGAAAUAUAUCAAUAGAGAUGUUGAAAUGGCGCAGGCCUGUAUUGACGCGAUUAGAACACCUGCCAGUGUGGAUAUCCUCAGCAUUCCAAAUGUUAUGAUUAUAUCCAACAUAACCGAAUCAACCGUCGAAACCCCGAUGCUGCACACCACUGAUGUUAACGGGAGAGGCCAAAGUCCGAGUGUAGAUUGCUCAAAUCUCGUACUACCUUCCACAUCGGGACAAUCACCUUCAUUGAACUACGCCGCAGCAGUCAAGAAACCCUCAGACGGAGGAUCCUGCAGCAAAACGAAAAAUCUCAAUGAAGAUCUCAUCACCUUUGAUGUAGAGGACAAGAGCCUGAGGACACAAAAACAGGUCAUUGUCAAUGACAACAUCAGUUUAGGCGGAAGCUCGCCCGAGUAUUGAAUGUGCCUUAUCCAAAUGUUAAUUUUAAGUUACCAUUAACAUCCUAACAUUAUUUUUUUGUUUCUGUUGGAUUCUUUAACAUUUUGUUAGUUGUUUGUAUUCAGUUACACUAAUUUUAAGUUAAUCUCAAAGUUAAAGGCAUGUAAAUAUUAUCACUAGAUCUACCGAACUAGGAACUUUCAAAUCCGAUCAUAUUCCCUGUGAAAAUAUUAUAAGUGCUAGUUGGAUAAUGUGUAACACUCGAUAAAGGUACUUCAAAGAUUGAUUAGCAUAGGUAAUAUUACUUAAUUGUAAACAAGAGGUUAUAGCUAUGAACAGUUGACGUUCUUUCUAUUGAAAUUAAAUUAUUUUGACAUAUUUCCUAUUUGUUCUCUACAAGCCGUCUCCGGUGACAGACUGUGGGUGGGCGUUUCAACGCUACCAUAUCUUUAACCUUUGUAAAUACAUACAAUAAGACGUAUAUGACACGGUCGGUUAAUCCCUAGAAGGGUAUUUUUAUAAUAAACAUCAUCACAUUUA